ACUAGGCAACUUUGCACAUAGUUUGCACAUGAUAGCAAGACGUAGGUUUCUCUUAUUCACAUCAAAGCGUGUAAAAAAAUCUGCCUGUAAACUGCACACACACACUCACAAGUGACACACCUGUCUAUAAAUGCUUUAUACUACAGCAAACCAAAGUGAUCAGAGGAGGAAGAGUUGCAGAAUGUCUUUGAGUCCGGCUCUUUUUCAAGCUGCUGGGGUGCAUUCAUCAUCUCAUGUGGGCGGGGGAAGAUCUCCUCCCUGCAAGAGUCAGAGGCUGAAUCAAAACGUCCAUCACCUGGACUCACGGACUGUUCCCUUGAGGGACGGGACUAGAGAUUGCAAUAUUGGAAUGGGAUAAAAGUUCUGCAAAUCAGCAAUAGAGUAAACGUUCAGACUUCAUUGAUUAUAGAGUCUUUGCACCCAAAGCAAACUCCCUGACGGUCUGUUUGCAUCGUUGAUUUGUGCAAUCAUAGAUUUAAUGCAAUCAUAGAUUUAAUGCAAUCAUAGAUAUCAUGCAAUCAGAGAUUUCAUGCAAUCAUAGAUUCCAUGCAAUCAUAGAUUUCAUGCAAUCAUAGAUUUCAUGCAAUCAUACAUUCCAUGCAAUCAUAGAUUCCAUGCAAUCAUAGAUUUCAUGCAAUCAUACAUUUCAUGCAAUCAUACAUUUCAUGCAAUCAUACAUUUCAUGCAAUCAUACAUUUCAUGCAAUCAUAGAUUUCAUGCAAUCAUAGAUUCCAUGCAAUCAUAGAUUCCAUGCAAUCAUAGAUUUCAUGCAAUCAUACAUUUCAUGCAAUCAUAGAUUUCAUGCAAUCAUAGAUUUCAUGCAAUCAUACAUUUCAUGCAAUCAUAGAUUUCAUGCAAUCAUAGAUUUCAUGCAAUCAUAGAUUCCAUGCAAUCAUAGAUUUCAUGCAAUCAUACAUUUCAUGCAAUCAUAGAUUCCAUGCAAUCAUAGAUUCCAUGCAAUCAUAGAUUCCAUGCAAUCAUAGAUUUCAUGCGUUUGUGCCUGCAGUGUUUUUUGCAAUCCUCCAAGCUCAGUGAGUUCUGGAUAUUUGGAUUCAGCCCGUCUGAACUCUCUCUCAAAGAUCCAGAUGGUUCAUUCUGUCACACAUAAGUUUCGUGGUCUUACAGAUUUUUUCCUGGUGCAGCUUUUUACAUCUCAGAGCUCAGAGAGAGAGAGAGAGAGAGAGAGAGAGUAAGUGUCAGUGUGCAGAAAUGUCAAUACCGGCUGCAGCAGAGGAUAACAGCUGACAACAAUACAAUGGCGCGCGUGUCUGUUGAAGUGCUUGUGCAAUCAGGUAUGCUUUCCAGGUUGAAAUGCAAUUAAAAGCGCUCUCUCUUUCUCACUAUGGGGAAAAGUCCAAUUAUGAGGCAGUGAGGCGAGAAAGGUCAGAGGCAGCAUGUCGUGACCUUCUCCGGACUCCAAACUCCAAACGAGGGCCUCAGAGGGGACGACCAUCUGCUGAGAGGAGGGAAACACAAUACACGGUGGUGUCGCUGAUUUGCAUGCCGUCACUCAGAGAACCAGUCGGAGUUUGGAGGGUGAUUGGAUGCAUGUCUUUGGAUUACAGGUGAUUGAUUCUGAAUCAUUCUGCACUCAUGUAUGCAAACACUGUCUGCCUUUUAAUGACGCUGCGUUCAGGGUCAUCUCAAAGGAACCAAAAGAUGCAUUUCACAGAGACGAAGGAGUUCUUCUUUUUGUUUCUGUCUCUUGAUUCAGAGAAACUUUCCUGAACAAUAAGACGGUCAGAGCGUCGGCUCUCUAAAUGAGGACUCAUUAUUUCCCCAGAAUGUGUUUGUGCUGCCUCAGAAACACACGAGGAACCUAACCGACCCUGACAGCAGUACUGUAGGCCUGCUGGGAGACAGGCAUGGGACAGGAGGGCUAUGUAAAGUGAUUCUGUGUUCUUCUUCUUCAUGUCUUUUUUUUUUUUAUGUGAGCCUUUGUCGCCCCCUUUUGAAAAUAGAGCGGUGGUACAUGGGAGUGCAGCCAGAGCCUUUUACAGACACAGCUGAGAGUGGUUACAUGGUUUCUGAUAUAAGAUUCCUCCUUUCAGUUCCUUUUGUUUGAAGCUGGAUUUGGUAUCAGACCUCAGAUCUCCUGCUGGAGUUAAGAUCCAGACAUUAAGGGUUAAGAAUAUCUGCAAUAAUGCAACUAAAAUACGCUUCAAAUCUCACUCAAUUUUGAUUUUUCUUUGCACAGUUGAAAACAUUUAGACAAUGCAAUCAUGAUGGUCCUCUGUAGAGAAAGCAGGGCUUAUUUGAGGCUUCUCUUUUGAAUAUCUGAUGCAUGUUAAUGUCUUUUAUUUCACAUAUAUCUCCUCAAAUGUCGUCUAUAGAUUUAAGGUGGUGAGGCUGAAAAGAAACUGAAAUAUUGAGAGGAUUGAAGGGUGUUUUAAAAACUCUUAAACUAAUUUUUUCCUGAACUCA